CCUGCGCGGGCGCAUUAGACUCAGGAUGCGCGCGCAGCGCUCUCCGCCCAGCGGAAGUUUUCGCUGGGCAACUGAGAAGGUUGCUGUCAAGAUGGAGUUUCCAGCCCAGUAAAUCCAAGGGCCAGGCCGUGACCUCCUAAAGCAUGAUCUCCUUCUGUCCAGAAUGUGGCAAAAAUAUCCAAGCAGCAUUCAAAUUCUGCCCCUACUGUGGACAUUCUUUGCCUAUAGAGGAGCAUGUAGUGUCCCAGACGUUUGUCAAGCCACAUGUGUCAUCCUUCCGAGAUGGUGACAGUUCUGAUUCUGAAGAUACCCCGAGUUCCUCUGAGAGAUCCAAAGGCUUAGGGAGCAGACCCCCAACCCCCAAAAGCAGCCCUCAGAAGACCAGGAAGAGCCCUCAGAAGACCAGGAAGAGCCCUCAGGUGGCCAAAUGCAGCCCUCAGAAGACCAGGCAGAGCCCUCAGACACUGAAGCGGAGCCCUCAGACACUGAAGCGGAGCCGGGUGACCACCUCACUUGAGGCUUUGCCCACAGGGACAGUGCUGACAGACAAGAGUGGGCGACAGUGGAAGCUGAUGUCCCUCCAGACCAGGGACGACCAGGGAAUUCUCUAUGAAGCUGCACCCACCUCUGCCCUCAGCUGUGACUCAAGACCCCAGGAGCAAAAGUUCUCGCUCAAGCUGGAUGCCAAGGAUGGGCGCUUGUUCAAUGAGCAGAACUUCUUCCAGCGGGCUGCCAAGCCUCUGCAAGUCAACAAGUGGAAGAAGCUGUACUCGACCCCGCUGCUGGCCAUCCCCACCUGCGUGGGUUUUGGUGUUCACCAGGACAAAUACAGGUUCUUGGUGUUACCCAGCCUGGGAAGGAGCCUUCAGUCGGCCCUGGACAUCAGCCCAAAGCAUGUGCUGUCAGAGAGGUCUGUGCUGCAGGUGGCCUACCGGCUGCUCGAUGCCCUGGAGUUCCUCCAUGAGAAUGAGUAUGUUCAUGGAAAUGUGACAGCUGAAAAUAUUUUUGUGGAUCCAGAGGACCAGAGUCAGGUGACCUUGGCAGGCUAUGGCUUCGCCUUCCGCUAUUGCCCAAGUGGCAAACAUGUGGCCUACGCGGAAGGCAGCAGGAGCCCUCACGAGGGGGACCUUGAGUUCAUUAGCAUGGACCUGCACAGGGGAUGUGGGCCCUCCCGCCGCAGCGACCUCCAGAGCCUGGGCUACUGCAUGCUGAAGUGGCUCUACGGGUUUCUGCCAUGGACAGACUGCCUUCCCAACACUGAGGACAUCAUGAAGCAAAAACAGAAGUUUCUUGAUAAGCCGGGGCCCUUCGUGGGACCCUGCGGUACCUGGAUCAGGCCCUCAGAGACUCUGCAGAAGUACCUGAAGGUGGUGAUGGCCCUCGAGUACGACAAGAAGCCGCCCUACGCCAUGCUGAGGAACAGCCUGGAAGCCCUGCUGCAGGAUCUGCGUGUGUCGCCAUAUGACCCCAUUGGCCUCCCCAUGGUGCCCUAGGUGGAACCCAGAACUUUCUAUUUGCAGUGUGCAACAGAAAAAAAAAAAUGAAGCAAUGUGACUCAAGGCCUGCUGUUAAACACAGAUAAGCUUCUAGAACAAGCUCUGGAAUGUGCAUUCCUGCCACUGGUUUUAGGGUACUCAUCAGUCCUGAUUAGCCUCAGGGAGGUCCCCAGUUUCCCUCCAGCAAAUGUGAAGUUCCCCCUCCCGUGGCCUGCCCUCUAGCCAGUGUCCUAGCAAGGCUGGAUGGGGUUGGGCUGGCUCCCAGGGGGGACCCCUCCUACUCUUGACACCUCUGUGCUUUGGUAAUAAAUUGUUUUA